UGUUUCCUCUCCCCUUCACCAUUAUAACCCACACCCAUAAACUAUCUACUUCCACACUCACCUGAAUCACAAACCCUAACCACGACCAUGGAUCCACUCUUCCACACCCUCUCCCUCCUCCCCUUCUCCUUCCUCCGGCCACCGCGCCUCCGCCUGAAGCUCCCCACCGUCCCCCUUCCCUCCGCCAUGACCGUCUUCUCCCUCGUCCUCCUCACCUACUUCAUCGUCGUCUCCGGCGUCGUGUACGACGUUAUCGUUGAACCCCCCGGCAUCGGAUCCACCCAAGAUCCACGCACCGGCACCGUCCGCCCGGUCGUCUUCAUGUCCGGCAGAGUCAACGGCCAGUACAUUAUUGAAGGACUUUCUUCUGGAUUCAUGUUUGUUCUCGGCGGAUUAGGAAUCAUACUUAUGGACCUUGCCGUUUCCCCCAAUCGGGCCAAGAGUGUUAAGGUUUCGUUUGCGGCUGCUGGUGUUUCGUGUUUGGUUAUUGCCUAUGUCAUGAGUAUGCUGUUUCUUCGUAUUAAGAUUCCUGGUUAUCUUCGCUGAUUUGUUUUCAAAGUUGUGUUGUUUUGAUGAGCAAUUAGACUGCUGAUAGUUCGGAAUUUGAUGGUUAAAUGUUUGAGAUUGUUGAAUGUAAUGGAGAAAAGGAUUAUAGAUUGUUGAGAUCUUUGUGUUUAUGUUUGUUAGGCAAGAAUUGAGUAUGCUUAUGAGAGUUAGGAUUAAGAAGAUUAAGGAUUAUAAGGUUAUAAAUGAUAUUAUGUAAGUGAUUUGUAGACUGAUAUAUGGAUGUUAAGUAGGGAUGCCUCUAUUUUCAUGACUA